AUGGUUCGAGGUAUCAAGUGGGUUGACGAGGUUGUUGAAGGUGCUCCAUAUGUUACCACCGUGAAGACACUUGACAAGUACGGCUGCGAUUUUUGUGUUCAUGGAGACGAUAUAACUUUGACUGCAGAAGGGGUUGACACAUAUGAGGAAGUGAAACGAUGCGGCCGCUACAAAGAAUGCCCAAGGACUGCUGGAGUUUCAACGACAGAUUUGGUGGGUCGUAUGCUUUUGCUAACCAAAACUCAUCACGUACGUGGUGAUGAGCUCGAUGUGGAGAGCAGAGAAAGAGCUCAAUCGUUAAGUACCGUAUGGAUUACAUUUUUAAUCGGAAAUGAGGCUGUUUCGCCCUGGACUCGAGUAUCGCAUUUUUUCCCUACUACGCAAACACUAAUACAGUUUGCGGAAGGACUUCCACCAGCUCCUGGAGAUGUUGUCAUUUAUGCUUGCGGAGCUUUUGAUUUGUUCCAUAUUGGUCAUCUAUGUUUUCUGGAAGAGGCACGAAAGCUUGGCGAUUACCUUAUAGUUGGGAUUCAUACUGAUCAGGUGGUUAACGAAUAUAAAGGAGGCAAUCAUCCGAUAAUGUCACUGCAUGAACGUGUUCUGAGUGUCCUAGCAUACAAGCCCGUUUCUGAAGUUGUCAUUGGCGCGCCUUAUAUGAUUACUGAGGACCUUAUUCGACGGUUUAAUGUGCAGGUAGUCGUUCAUGGAUCGAGAACAGCUCAAAAUCAGUAUGUUGAUAUGCCUGAUCCGUUCAAAAUACCCAAAGAAAUGGGUAUAUUUCAAUUG